GAUGUUUUGCCGCGGAGUGUACCUGACCGCUCCAGAGUUGAAAUAGGGAAUUUAGUCGAAGAACACCUUUGCCGGUUGAUAGAGACGGCGCUCUCUGGCUCUGCGAAAGCACGUGUGUGGUGCCUGUGGGUGCUCUGUGUUGUGAAUUCACCCGAAUUGGGAAUUGCGCCGGAAUGGGGCUGCGGAGGGACGGUUUUUCGGAUUUUUCUUUCGGCACAUGGUGAGCGGGCAACCCCCUUGAAGAGAUGAGCGGGUCAUGCGCGCCGGCCUGUGCACGGUAAGCGCCCCUCUGGCCGCGUGCAGCCCGGCAGCAGCGCUACCCCCGUCGGCUCGCUUCUUGGCCCUGCAUUUGCUGCACCAACAAACCCUCUACUUCAUCGUACAGGCCAAAUCCAGGGUCAGGGAACUGUACCAGCAGACAUGCCUACACUUCGCCCAACAGGGGAUGCUCGACACCGACUUGUUCGGGCUGGCCCUCAUCUGCGAUGGCGAGUACCUGUUCGCCGAGCUCGAUAGUAAGCUCUCAAAGUACGCGCCCAAAAGUUGGCGUUCGUCGCACAGCCAUGGCUUGGACGCAAACGGGCGUCCGGCCCUCGCCUUCUACUUCCGCGUCCAGUUCUACGUGGACAGCCCUCUCCUCCUGCGCGAUGAAACGACCCGCCACCACUACUACCUUCAGCUCCGUCUUAACGCUUCUUCUGGAGCCGCUGGCGACGUCGCCAUGCACCUGGCCGGUCUGGCCCUCCAGGCGGACCUCGGCGACCGAACCGACUCCACCACGUUCCGGCCCGAGGACUACGUCCCGCCGAACCUACGCGGGCCCGCUGCUCUGCGCACCAUCCAGGUGCUGCACCGCUCCCACCGCGGGCUGUCCAAGACCGAGGCGCGGUCCCGGUUCAUAACGGAGGCCUGCCAGCUGGAGGAGCCCGUCAACGCGCACGUCUUCCGCCUGCGGGCCUCCAAGGCCGAGCAGGCGCCCGGCUCCAUCCUCCUGGCCGUCUGCGCCAAGGGGCUGAAGGUCUGCCCCGACAACAACCCGCCCUCGAUCUUCCUCUGGAGCUCCAUCGGCAAGCUCAGCUUCGAGCGCAAGAAGUUCGAGAUACGGACGGGGCACGAGAAGCUGACGCUGUACACCAGCAGCGACGAGAAGAGCCGCCUGCUGCUGGCGCUGUGCAAGGCGGCGCAUCUGUUCAGCAUGGCCGUGGCACCGAGGCUCAGCGAGGCGCGCCGGGAGGAGGAGGAGAAGCAGCGAUGGGACUGCGAUCAGAGGAUUUCGGUCAUUUCGAGCACCUCGUCGAACACGACGUCGGGGAUUGUCAGCGACCGGGUGCACAGCGAGGACGAGUUGGAGAUUAUGAUCACGAGUCCGCCGGCACCUUCUACGGAGAGUUUGGCUCUGGCUCACCUGCUGGACAGUGCGCCAGCUAGCAGCCGAACCUCGGCGGCGUCCGCGACGGCUGCGCUUUCCGCACUCUCGCUCAAGGAGGACGAGGAAGAGGGCACCAAGCCGGCGUGCAGCGAGAGUUCGGCCAAAACGGCCGCGAGCGGGAACAAGUGUGCAGGAUCGCAAUGCAGCUCGUCGUGCAGUACGGUCGUCGUGACGCCGGUGCAAAAUAAAACCAAAGGCCGCAGACCCUCAACCAGCAGCAGCCUCGAACUCGGUUACUCCCACACGGCCCAAAACUCAGCCGUCAGUGACGCCACCUGCAUCGAGCUCGACACCCGCGAGCCCGUCUACACCUCGGGCCCGGCGCCCAGCAGCCACACGAGCGGCGUCUACACCCUCACCUCCAGCGACCAGUACACCCUAAGCUCGGACCAGUUCGCCAGUCAGAGCGACCAAGUGGACGGCCCCUUCAGAGACAGGUCCAACUCCAAUGUGAGCAACUCGGGCUCGUUCCACGGCGAUGGCAGCGACCCCACCGACAACAAACAAGCGCUGCUGUCGGCCGAGGAACUCUCCGACCUGAUUGUGGGCCGCUACCCCAGCUGCAAAAGCGUCAGCCAUACGCUGGAUUCGGACUCUGAUUACGUGACCCUUCCGUCGAGUUAUCAGGGCUACGUCCCGGUGCCCCCUAAGCGGAUCGACAGCGCGGCGGAGCAGAGAUUCAGGCCCCCGCCGCCCCCAUACGGGGCCCAAUUGGUCAAGACGCCGCCAACUGAAGCCACAGAGUUUGACGACCAGAGUUUUGUCUCGGAGUUGUCGCGGGAGCCGCCCCCGUACCCCGAAAACCCGACCCCGGUACCACCCCCAGUGUACCCCUCCGAGGAGGCGGCAGCCCGGUUCAUAACCACCCGAUCCCCGAGUAUCCUAACAGCGCAUGCAAGCAGUGUUGGAGCGUCUUCAGCGAGUUAUUCAACCCCAAGUUCCGUUCCUCCAAUCCCCCCCAAAAUCCCACGUGGGGUGCCUCCAAUCAAUGCCAUUAUCACACCAAAUAAUUAUCUGGACGUUGCUGCUAGCAAAGCCAGUGUUUUGGUCCCUUGUACCUUCCUCCCACCUCCACCUCCUGCCCCCAGACAACCACCGCCGCCGCCCCCAGCCUUGGCCACGGUCUACACCAGCCAGCUGUCCCGCUCCCAAAUCGAACAAUACAAACAACAAAUGUACAGUGACGUUGAUUUCGUCAUGUUCCCACUGAAGGAACCAGCAAUCAGCAAACAGGAAUAUCUGGAAGCUAAGCUGGCAGCACUGGUCCAAACCCAACCGGUGUUUUACCGCAGCACCUCCUACUUGGGCCGUUACGCCUCCAGCCAGAACCUCUCCGACACUUACGUGCAGCUCCCGGUGUACGGGGGGCUGGAGCCGCCGCCGCCGCCGCUGCCCCCGAACCGCCCGCGGUUCAUGCGGACGCGCUCCGACGACAAUAUCUUGAAUUCGCUGGACGCGCCGCAGCCGCCGUUCCGGAGGCGGCUGCCGCCGCCGCCGCCCGUCGAGGAGAAGCCCAAGUGCGAGGCGAAAGCCGAGUGUGACAAGGGGUUGGAUAUUCGUACUUUGAGGGAAAAGAGCAAGAAAAUGGACUUGCCGCUGAUUUCCGCGUUGUGCAAUGAUCGGUCUCUGAUAAAGCAGACGAAAGCGUUCGUGGUUCCGAAGCAUCCGGGCGAGGUGACGCCGCGAUCGUUGACUAGCACGCGAGCGAAGUACCCAGUGUCGGGCCUGAGCAGCACCAGGAUCAGCAAGACCACGAGGAAGAUGCCGUCGAUCAGCCACCGGCACCCCGGGGACAAGCUGCCGGAGAUCCCGAGGGCGCAGCCGAACAAUUACGUGACGGAUCCGCACGCCAAACACAAAACUAUGCAGUCACAUUCGUGAACUGAGCGUUCCAGUGCUAGAGUAGAGGAAUUGUUAUACUCAGGGUGCCAUCAUUGCAAUAUGUUAGGUUUAGGAAGGGGCCGAUCUUUUGGGCAAACGAGGGCUGGUUACGCAUUUUGACGAAAUAUCGGUGCCUUUUGCCAUCCCUGUAUGUACAUAAAUGGUCAUUUUUUAAUACCGCACGUAAGUUUACAGUACAUAAUGUAUGUUUAGCAAUAAUGUAUACACUUGCUCAACUUUUAUUAUUAAAAUAAUUAUAUUUUUAACUUUG